CCCGGUAUAAAGAAGCACCCAGAGCCCCCAAACCCGGAGCGGCCAUAGUUGCUUAGACAAGAAAACCGCGCGUGAAGCAAGUACUAGCACACACACGUACAGCAGGUCGCCUGAGGACCAGGCUUGGUAGCUAGAUGAUCCCCUACGCGACUGCGGCGGAGGCUGAGGCAGCGUUGGGGCGCGCCAUGACGUGGGCCGAAGCGGCGUGGUACCAGUACUCGGCGGUGAUGCCAGAUUCCUGGCUGCACUGCCACACUACAUUUAUCCUGUUCGUCAUAUACACCAUCGCCCCGCUGCCCCUCCUGGUCCUCGAGCAGUUCGCUCCGUCGGUCGUGCUGCCGUACAAGCUGCAACCCCGGGUACGGCUACCUCCGGCGGCCUCCCUCAGCUGCUACAUGGACGCGGCCUGCAUCUUUCCCCUCGCCGUUGCCCUUCAGUUCGUCUGCUAUCCUGCGCUCGCCAAGAUACUAAGGACUCGAAUGGGGCUGCCGUUGCCGUCGGUCAGGGAGACGAUUGCACAGAUAGUGGUAUACUCCCUCGUGGAGGAUUACCUCAGCUACUGGAUCCACCGUCUUCUGCACACCGAGUGGUGCUACCGAAAGAUCCACCGCGUCCACCACGAGUUUACGGCUCCAACAGGCUUCGCCAUGUCAUAUAGCCACUGGGCCGAGAACGUCGUCCUUUCUAUCCCCGCCUUGGCCGGCCCCGUGCUCGUGCCAUGCCACGUCACCACACAAUGGCUAUGGUUCUCCAUCCGCCUAAUUGAGGGCAUCAACACGCACAGCGGUUACCAUUUCCCAUUCAGCCCUUCCAGGCUGAUUCCAUUCUAUGGAGGGGCAGCAUACCAUGACUAUCAUCACUACGCAGGAGGCCGUAGUCAAAGCAACUUUGCUCCUCUUUUCACCUACUGCGAUUAUAUAUAUAGGACAGACAAAGGCUACAGAUACCACAAGCUAAAGCAAGAGAAGCUGAAGAAUCUAGCAGAAUGUAGUGCGGAGAAAGGAGGCGACUACUAGACAUUCGACAAAGGGAGAAAGGACCGAGAUAUUUUUGUGCCUGAGCAUACCAAGACUAUUCUAUUACUCGUCCUAUUCGGCCGGAGGGAAGAUUUUCAAAUAAAUAAGAGUUACUCAAUAAAUAAUACCAAUUUACUGCAGAGGCUCUUGAUUGGUCGACGAACAAAAUAUACCGUUGUUAUCUGUUUCCUGUUUUGUGUGUGUAUGUCUCUCCGUAUAUUGUGUAAUGUAACCUACGUUCCCUAGCUCUACUCUUUGUGGAUCAUCCCGAAUUUCAUAGUACUUUGUAAGCAAUGAAUAGCUCAGCAGUUUCCAGUGACA